CCCUUAAAGAAGCUUUACGCCAUUGGCUUUAUGGCCAAGCAUGGUUUCUUUCGCAUCUCGGGAUGUUUCGAGAAAGAAAUCGGAGGCUGAGCCAAAGGACUCGGGUUUCGAUGAAGGCGGGACCAGCUGUUCGCAGAUGAUAGCCGCAGUUCUAGACUAUCCAGACGGAUCUUCCGCUUGUCGAACCACUGGUGACACAAGAUCGAAGUUCUGCAGUGCUGUGAACAAUAGCUGUAGAAGCCAAAACACCGCUCUUCUCUUGGAAAGUCCUGCCUUCCCGUGUGUCAGCGGGUUAUAGAACGUCGUGUGCUUUGCAGGAGAAGCAGUUGUUGCUGGAGUAGACGAGGGUUUGGAGGAUUCCGUACGAGCAGGGAUAGGCAUAGUAGGUAUUGGCGAGGUCGGCGAAAGAGGUGUCUGUCCAGUAUGAGACGACAAAGCAGGUGGAGGAGAGGGCCCUCAUGGAGGCGGUUGUGAUGCAGAUCCAAACUUAUCAUCCGGAGAGUGAGAUAUACUUUUCAUAAAUCCUGUAAAUGUUA